GGCUGGGAGCUCGACAGGACCAGAGCAUACCGGAGUUGGGGUUCACCUGCAUAGCGCUGCGCGGAAGAGAGAUGACUGCUUUGGAAUACUGUCGCGUAAACAAUGUGUGGGUUCGAUUGGGCGGGGGUUUUCUCCACGGUGUUUCGUCUCGCAACUGUUCCUGGGCUGUCCAAACUCGAAACGUGGAUCCGAGCAAAUAUUGUUUAUUUUUUUGUGUACGAGCUCUCAAGCCUCGACCGGACGAGACAUCGGGCCAUUAAAUGCCGUCAUGGAGCACCUUUUUUGUUUUUCUCGAAGCUAUCUGGAGUCUUGUGCUCUGGAAGAUCUAGGGUCUAUCUAACUGGGGCUUACGCUGGGUGUAAGCGGGGAGUAGAGCAAGGUGCUUGUUUGUCAUGUUGUAUUGGGACAGGGUGUGGUCUGAUGAGACUUGGAGCGAACGAACGUGUAACCAACACCUUAGGGGAGUGGGAGGCAGGAUAUUUCUUGGGGGUUUGGGAGGGUGGCAUCUGCUCUGUGCGACGCAAGAGGUCGCGGAAGCUAUCAAAAAAGGAGCUCUUUUUUAUUCUUGCCAUCAAAUUUAUUCACCACUUGAUUCAAAUCAGCAUAUGGCACAUGGCCCCGUGUCUCUUUCUUCUUUGUUCGCCCCGGCGCAGUUACUGUUCUGCAGCUACUGCCAACGUAGUAAGUAGGAAGCGUGUUUGACCUGAUACGCCAAUGAGGAUCGCACGAUCAAAGGUAUUUUGCAAGUUUGCUGGGCUUGU